CAGCACCAGCGGCAUUCACAUGAAAUGAAAUGCAGCGUCUGAAACUGAAACCCAUGCUUUCUCCAACAUUACAACGCUCCUUGUGCUCCCAUGUCCCUUUCUUAUUCUGCCUCAAAAUCAACUCCUUUUCUUCUUCUUCUUCUUCUUCUUCUUCCUUGCAAUGUUCACCUUGGACAGGUCUGCAAACCUGGAGAGAGUCCCCACUCAAUGAGAAUCGUUGCUGGGGACCCAAAGGCCCAAAACCUCAGCCGCUGCAGUCACAGCCGUCUUCUCUUAACAGCGAUGACUGUCCAAUGGUGUCAUCAGUUUCCUCUCUUGCAGAGCUUGGUGCUCUGGUUCUCUCCACCAGUGACCCUCUCGCCAAAUCCAAGCUUUCCCAUCUUGCUUUUUCCAGGUGGCGCCUAGAGAACCUUCCAAUUGGCUCGUGUGAACCCCCUCCUCGACCCGCUCGCCCUCUCAAACCUCAACUGGUUUCCCCGAAAGAAAUUCCAGCUCCCAAGAACUCGGGUUUGCCUCUUAAUGCUUAUAUGCUUCAUAAUCUUGCUCAUGUUGAGCUCAAUGCGAUUGACUUGGCUUGGGAUACUGUUGUUCGUUUUUCACCUUUUAGUGAGACUCUAGGGGAGGGAUUUUUUGCUGACUUUUCUCAUGUCGCUGACGAUGAGAGUCGCCAUUUUGCUUGGUGUUCUCAGAGACUUGCUGAACUUGGUUUCAAUUAUGGAGACAUGCCUGCUCAUAAUCUGCUUUGGAGGGAGUGUGAGAAAUCAUCUGAAAAUGUUGCUGCCCGUUUGGCAGUGAUCCCUCUAGUCCAGGAAGCUCGAGGACUAGAUGCUGGACCACGACUUGUGCAAAAAUUGGUUGGCUUUGGAGAUCUCAGGACAUCAGACAUUGUAGCUAGAAUUGCUGAUGAAGAAGUUGCACAUGUGGCUGUUGGAGUCCAUUGGUUUGUUGAUGUCUGUCAGAAAAUGGAUUGUACCCCAUCUUCCGCAUUUAAAGGUAUGACUUACCUACAAAUGACCAGGAUAAGAAUAAGAAAAAGGAUAAAACUGGGAAGCUUACGGAGGUAUGUGAUCCUAGCAUUACAUGCUCCGUGGAACUAAUUUCAGAACUUUAUUAUUUAUCUUUUAUCCUUUGGCAAAUGGAUACUCUUAACAUCUCAACUAUCAUUCAGGUUUAUGAUAGGCUUGCUUCCAUAAUUUCCAUAGAGAGUGAGAACUCAAGUUUGAACAGGCCUUAGUUGUUUUGCUUCAGCAAAUGUUUUCGUCUCCGAGCAAUUGGUAUGAAGCAUAUCCUCGUAUAUGGUUGCACACUUUCUUUCUUUCAUGUGUGUUAGCAAGAAGCAUUACAACCCAGUUGCCUAUCUUGCUGAUUUUUCUUCAGGGCAUCACCUAAUUUGGCAUGUUUAGAGAAGAGAGAAAGCGACAUCAUACCAGAUCUAGAAAAGUGCACAUACUUUUGAGUUAUUAUCUUUACCCUCAUCUUCAAUUUCUUUCUUUUUCUGCUCAACAGAAAAAUUCAAGUACAAAAGCUGUUGUCAAAUUCUUGUCUACUUCUGGGUCACAGUUGUAGUUUUUUUUUUCUUUCUUGUUUUUGUUAAGAUGCUUCACCAUUAUAGUUUUUUCUUGUAAAUUUUGUACAUUCAUUUGUUAUAUGUACGAUUAUAGAAGUUCUCUCUCCUUUUCUUUUCUGGCAUCCAAGCCGGUCAAAGAAAUUGGCCAAAAUAAUGAGAAUCGGAAUUAAAA